CGUAGCCAAACAACUAGUACUACUUAUGGUGGUGCGAACUGUGGUGGAAAAUAAUUUUGGCGCCCAAGCAAAACUAAAACCCUAGAGCAGCAGUAGUCUAGCAGAGUCUCUACUCUUUAAGUCUCCCCAAUCUUUUUGCCGACCGGAAACUAUGUUAGGCUUGAGGUUUGUUGCUGAAAGAACCGGUGAUGGCGCCGGGCAGCCAUUCGUCGACGCCGACAACGGCGAGGAACUGAUGCAUGUUCAGCCUGGAACUACCAUAGUCCUCGGCAGCCGCCCUCCUGAGUCCCCUGGCACUCUCUAUAUAACCACCAAGCAAGUGGUGUGGCUAAGUGAUACAGAUAGGAGUGAAGGUUAUGCUGUUGAUUUUCUGUCGGUUUCACUUCAUGCUGUUUCUAGAGACCCCGAGGCUUAUCCCGAUUCUUGUUUAUAUGCUCAGAUUGACAAUGGAGUGGAGGAUGACGAAUCAGAAGGCUCCAGUGAUGAGGGUGCUGAGUCAUCCGAUUUAUCAAGGAUCACCGAGUUGAGACUUGUGCCAACAGAUCCUAAUCAAGUGGAUACUCUAUUCCAAAUCUUUUGUGAGUGUGCUGAGCUUAAUCCUGAACCAAUUGAAGAGGAGGAAGAAGAGCACAAUUGGAUCUUCAGUGCAGAUCAGCUGGAAAAUCAGGAAGCUGAAGAAUGGAUGAUCUCUGAAAAUUCGACUCAUUCAAUUGGUCAUUCAAAUGGGGAUCAAGACUUAGCUCAUAAUGUGCUUCAGCUUCAAAUUGAUGAUCGGAGGUUUGAAGAUGCGGAGGAAAUGGAUAGCGACAGCAAGAAUGGUCAUCACUAGGCCGUCACCUUCCUAGUCAGAUUACCUUCUUGGGUAUCGUUGUAUCUGACAUGGAACUUUUGCUGUAUACUAAAGUGUGUCAACCUGGUCGUGCUUCUCACUUUCAGAUGUUCUUGCAGAACCAUUGAUUUUGAAAGAUUAGAUCUUUCGGCCAAAAUGAUAAGAUGAUAUUCAGGAAUUAGUAGUUUUGUCAUGUCAUGAAUAGUGAUCCAUUAGUAAUGCGAGCUGAGAUAAUAUAUUAAGCUUAGUUGUAGGCACCUUCUCUUGGUUUCUUCCUGUAUUAUGCUCUGCGCCUCUGCUUUCUGUUUAUAACCCGUGUUAUCAUGACCUUAAAACUUUCGGGAUGUCUGCUUGUACACUAAAGUCAAGUUCUCAGUUUCUUGCCCAAAGAAGCAGUGAUGGAUAGCAAAA